GGGUUAAGCGUCUCCGCGUGAACUUCCGGAUGUGACACAGGCCGGGCCCGUGUGUGAGCGGAGAAGGCGCCGCCGUCCUCGGCCGCGAUCGGCGGGUCUCGGCUACUUAGAGACCCCCGGCACCCGGCGGGGGACCUCGGGGACCUCCCGCCGCGAUGAGCCCCAGGCCGUGACCGCCCGAGCCCAAGACGCACGGCGCCGGCCCAUGGCCCGGAGGUAUGAUGAGCUGCGCCACUACCCCGGCAUUGCAGAGCACACGACAGCCCUGGCCAGUUUCUCUGAGGCAGCACCUUCAGUACCUCGAGCCCCUGGACCCUAUGGCCCACACCGGCCUCCCCAGCCCCAAGCCCCAGGCUUGGACAGUGACGGCUUGAAGAGAGAGAAAGAUAACAUCUAUGGACACCCUCUCUUCCCGCUCUUGGCCCUGGUCUUUGAGAAGUGUGAGCUGGCCACGUGCUCGCCCCGCGAUGGGGCCUCUGCUGGCUUGGGCUCACCCCCAGGCGGUGACGUCUGCUCCUCCGACUCCUUCAAUGAGGACAUCGCCGCCUUUGCUAAACAGAUCCGCUCCGAGAGGCCGCUGUUCUCUUCCAACCCGGAGCUGGACAACCUGAUGGUCCAGGCCAUCCAGGUACUCCGGUUCCACCUGCUGGAGCUGGAGAAGCCCUGGCUCCCCUGGGUGGCCCCCCCCAGUACCCCGCUGCCCUCCCAGGUCCACGACCUGUGCGACAACUUCUGUCAUCGCUACAUCACCUGCCUCAAGGGGAAGAUGCCCAUAGACCUGGUGAUCGAGGAUCGGGAUGGUGGUUGCAGGGAGGACCUUGAGGACUACUCGGCCUCCUGUCCCAGCCUCCCAGACCAGAACAAUACAUGGAUCAGAGACCAUGAGGACAGUGGGUCUGUACAUUUGGGGACCCCGGGUCCAUCCAGUGCAGGCCUGGCUUCCCAGAGUGGGGACAACUCAAGUGACCAAGGAGAUGGGCUGGACACAAGUGUGGCCUCUCCCAGUUCCGCAGGAGAGGAUGAAGAAUUGGAUCUCGAGCGUCGACGGAACAAAAAGAGGGGGAUCUUCCCCAAAGUGGCCACCAACAUCAUGAGGGCUUGGUUGUUCCAGCAUCUCUCGCACCCGUACCCCUCAGAAGAGCAAAAGAAGCAGCUGGCCCAGGACACCGGGCUCACCAUCCUGCAAGUAAAUAACUGGUUUAUCAAUGCCCGGAGACGGAUAGUGCAGCCCAUGAUUGACCAGUCUAAUCGCACAGGGCAGGGUGCAUCCUUCAACCCUGAGGGCCAGCCCAUGACAGGCUUCACAGAGACUCAGUCACAAGUGACAGUCAGGACACAAGGAUCAAUGGGGAUGAAUCUGAACUUAGAAGGAGAGUGGCAUUACCUAUAGAGUCUGGGGUCAAAAAGAGGGCCCUGGCCUCUGACUGUGACCACCAGCCUUGUACCUAAUUGGUCCCCGUUGGUCUUUGGGCUCCAGGACUUCACCUCCAAAGCUCCCACCCCAUUCAACGCCUACCUCCCUGGGGCCCCGAGAAGCUUGGGGACCCAAGAGCCCACUUGGGGGUCUCUCAAGAGCAAAGACAAAGCCUCCAGGUCCUGUACCCUUCUUCUGUCCUCCCCUUUGCCCAGGACCUGAGCUAAGAACUGGGCCAAGG